AUGGUCCAGAAUACACGUUGGAGAGCGGAGAACCCGCUGUCGCAAGUGGCAUUCAAGUUAGGAAGGUCAAGAGGGGGACAAUCGGGAAACAAAUGGAAUACCUUAGAGAAUUUUCCCCAAUAUCAAAUUCCUAUCUCGAACAAACUUGAGGAGUUGGAAUCAGAUACAGAUUUGGCAGGAUCCGGAGAUGUGGAAGAUUUGGGAGAGGUGGAUAAGGAAAAUAUUAACAGUCAGAAUAUUCAAGGAGGCGAGGAACGUACGGAACAAGUUAUUUUUGAGAGCGAAAGAGGGAAACCAGUGAAAAGGAAAAUUGCGAAAAAAAGUGGGCCGAAGAAGCGAUGGGCUGGGAAGUCACGAGUUAGUGUGGCCCAGGAGCAGAAUGUUCAGAAGGGGCCGAAUUGGCACAUGCGAGGAUUGAUCUUUACCUUGACUCGGGCAGAAGUCGAAAGAUCAGAGUCCGGUAAGAGGCUUCGAGUCGAAUUUAGCAGUGAAAGGAGAUCAGGUGGGGUGUUCGUUGACAGAGCAGAGGGAGAAUACGCCAGCUAUGGAACACCGCCCGAGCAAGCAGAGUGA